GAAUAAGAGUCCAACAACAAGACAGUUAAGAGCCUCUUUCAUCGCCUCUCUCAGCGCACUGCUUGCCCUGCAUCACAACAUUCUGGACUUCUCUCUAGCGGUUCUCUCCUGAAACAUGACCAUUGGGAGCGGCUCCAAUACCAACACCACCAAUGUGAUGAGGCCCCCAGCCAGCCCGCGGAAAGGACCCCCCAAAUUCAAACAGAGGCAGACGAGACAAUUCAAGAGCAAGCCUCCCAAGAAAGGAGUACUCGGUUUUGGGGACGACAUUCCUGGGAUGGAGGGCCUUGGAACAAACUUCCAUGACAUCUGCCCAUGGGAAGCUUUCAGUCACCUGGAGCUCCACGAGCUGGCUCAGUAUGGCAUAAUCUGAGGAGAGCAGCGCCUC